CUCGGACAGACUUUCCUUUUUUUGCCAGAUCUGAAAUUUGAAUGUGAGAGCAUAAAAAAUGUGGAGUAAUGAAAUCGUAUGAGAUCAGUCAUCAGUGUUUUCAGUAAGUGAACACUGACACUCUCAAGUCUCGAGAGUCAAGGCGGAAUUUGGAUUUAGGAAGCCCUUUCUUUCUUCAUCGAGCUCUUUCUAGAACAGAAAUAGGGCAAAAUGGCGGCGAGAGAAGAAGAGACUCGGAAGAAAGAGGAAACGGAAAUUGCAUCGAGCGACUCAGAAGACGAUGAGCACGACUCAAAGGAAAGAGUUCUACAAAGAUACUUUCUCCAAGAGUGGAAACUGGUGAAAUCUCUCUUAGACGACAUCGUUUCCAACGGCCGCGUCUCCGACCCUUCUUCCGUGCACAAGAUCCGAUCCAUCAUGGAUAAGUAUCAAGAACAGGGCCAGUUGCUAGAACCUUACUUGGAAAGCAUGGUUUCUCCUUUAAUGUUCAUCAUCCGAUCCAAAACAAUCGAACUAGGCGUCGAUUUCGAUGAGAUUCUCCAAAUAAUCAAGCCUAUAUCCAUCAUUGUUUAUUCUCUCGUAACCGUUUCCGGUUACAAAGCCGUUAUCAAGUUCUUUCCGCAUCAAGUUUCCGAUCUAGAACUCGCCGUUUCUCUCCUUGAGAAAUGUCACAACACAUCUUCUGUUACCUCGUUACGACAAGAAAGUACGGGAGAAAUGGAGGCGAAAUGCGUGAUGCUUUUGUGGCUUUCGAUUCUUGUUUUGGUUCCGUUUGAUAUAUCAUCUGUUGAUACUAGCAUUGCGGGUAGUAGUGGUAGUGUUGGCGAGGAUGAGUUGGCUCCUUUGGUGUUGAGAAUAUUAGGCUUUUCUAAAGAUUAUCUUUCAAAUGCUGGUCCAAUGCGGACUAUGGCUGGAUUAGUCCUCUCAAAGCUUCUAACACGGCCGGAUAUGCCUAAGGCUUUUACCAGCUUUAUUGAAUGGACUCAUGAAGUUUUAUCUUCUACUAUGGAUGAUGUAGUAAGUCAUUUUCGAUUGAUAGGUGCUGUGGAAGCCCUUGCUGCCAUUUUUAAGGCUGGCAGCAGGAAAGUGUUACUGGAUGUUGUUCAUACCGUUUGGAAUGAUGACUCUGUGCUGAUCAAGUCAGGUACUGCAGCUAGGAGUCCUUUGCUUCGCAAGUAUUUGGUGAAGUUAACUCAGAGAAUUGGACUUACUUGCCUCCCUUAUCGUUCACCAUCCUGGCGCUAUGUGGGAAGAACCAGCUCACUUGGAGAGAAUAUUUCUCUGAAUGCAUCCAACAAGAAUGAUCAAUUGAAUCAUGGUGUGGUUCUACCCAACUCUGAAUCAGAAGAAAAUUCCAACUGUCCUGAGGAUGAAGAUAUGGAUGUUCCAGAGAUUAUAGAAGAGAUUAUUGAGGUGUUACUUUCCGGAUUGAGAGACACGGAUACCGUAGUACGUUGGUCUGCUGCAAAAGGCAUAGGCCGCGUAACUUCACGUUUGAUGUCUGUACUCUCAGAAGAGGUCUUGUCAUCUGUAUUGGACCUGUUUUCACCUGGUGAGGGAGAUGGUUCAUGGCAUGGAGGUUGCUUAGCAUUGGCUGAACUGGCACGGAGAGGGUUGCUCCUACCUACCAGUCUCCCCAAAGUUGUACCUGUUGUUGUAAAGGCAUUACAUUAUGAUGUUCGAAGAGGUCCGCAUAGCAUUGGAUCUCAUGUACGUGAUGCUGCUGCCUAUGUUUGUUGGGCAUUUGGUCGUGCAUAUUAUCAUACAGAUAUGAGAAAUGUAUUGGAACAGCUUGCCCCACACCUAUUAACUGUGGCAUGCUACGAUCGUGAGGUUAACUGUAGAAGAGCUGCUGCAGCUGCUUUUCAGGAGAAUGUUGGAAGGCAAGGGAAUUACCCACAUGGCAUUGACAUAGUGAAUACUGCAGAUUACUUUUCACUUUCAUCACGAGUGAACUCUUACAUUCAUGUUGCUGUCAGAAUUGCUCAGUAUGAAGGGUAUCUUCAUCCAUUUGUGGAUGAGCUUCUGCAUAACAAGAUCUGUCACUGGGAUAAGGGCUUGAGAGAGCUUGCUUCAGAGGCACUUUCUGCACUUGUUGGAUAUGAUGCUGUGUACUUUGCAAACUUUGUCCUGGAAAAGUUAAUUCCUUUUACUCUGUCAUCUGAUUUAUGCACGCGCCAUGGUGCAACCUUAGCAGCUGGAGAACUUGUUUUGGCUUUACAUCAGUGUGGUUAUGAUCUUCCCAUCGAUAAACAGAAACAAGUUUCUGGUGUUGUCCCUGCUAUUGAGAAAGCACGCCUUUAUCGCGGGAAGGGUGGAGAAAUAAUGCGUGCAGCUGUUUCCCGGUUCAUUGAAUGCAUCUCAUUCUCUCGCCUAUCUUUGACAGAGAAAAUAAAACGAAGUUUGCUUGAUACACUUAACGAGAAUUUGAGACAUCCUAACUCUCAGAUACAGAAUACAGCUGUGAAAGCCCUAAAACACUUUGUACAAGCAUUCCUUGUUGCUAUGGAUAGUAAAGGUUCCAUUAGUGUAACAUCAAAGUACCUGCAACUCGUGGGUGAUUCAAAUGUGGCUGUAAGAAGAGGAUCUGCAAUGGCAUUAGGGGUUUUACCCUAUGAAUUGUUGGCUAAUCAGUGGAGAGAUGUUCUUUUGAAGCUUUGCAGGUCUUGUGCAAUUGAGGAUAACCGUGAGGAUAGAGAUGCUGAAGCACGGGUUAAUGCUGUCAAAGGACUUAUAUCAGUUUGUGAGACAUUAGCUCAGGCAAGAGAAAAUUCUGAUAUCCAUUCUGGAGAGGAAGGCAUGUCUCUGUUUCUUCUGAUCAAGAAUGAGGUGAUGGUUUGUUUGUUUAAAGCUCUUGAUGACUAUUCUGUCGACAACAGAGGUGAUGUGGGUUCUUGGGUUCGUGAGGCUGCUAUGGAAGGCCUUGAAAGGUGUACAUAUAUCCUCUGUCAGAGAUGUUCUAUGAGUUCCACCAGGGAAUCAGAUGUGCUUGGAUCUGUCUCAAAGCUACCUAAUAGCGAUUUUGCUGAAGAGAACCAAAUGUGUUCAUUUUUUGACGUAAAUCUUGCCACCAAUUUGGUGGGAGGAAUUGCUAAGCAAGCUGUAGAAAAGAUGGAUAAGUUAAGAGAAGUGGCUGCUAAGGUUCUCCAAAGGAUUCUGUACCAUAAGGAAAUAUUUAUCCCUUUUAUACCUUAUAGGGAAAAGAUAGAAGAAAUUGUUCCCAAUAAAACAGAUUUAAAGUGGGGAGUACCUACCUUUUCAUAUCCUCGUUUUGUGCAAUUACUUCAGUUCAGUUGUUAUAGCAGACCAGUGCUGUCUGGUUUAGUUAUUUCGAUUGGUGGCUUGCAAGAUUCUUUGAGGAAGGCAUCACUGUCUGCAUUUUUGGAGUAUCUUCAGGUAGAUGAAGACAUUAAUAAUGAAUCCAAAGUGUGUAAAUUAUCCAACGACAUCCUUUGGAUUCUCCAAGAGUAUAAGCGAUGUGACAGGGUCAUUGUACCCACUUUGAAGACAAUCGAGAUUCUUUUCAGCAAAAAGAUCUUCUUGGAUAUGGAGGCUCAAACUUCGAUUUUCUGUGCUGGUGUUUUGGAUUCUCUGGUGGUUGAAAUGAGAGGGUCAAAGGAUUUCUCUAAGUUAUAUGCAGGCAUUGCAAUACUGGGAUAUAUUUCCUCACUUUCAGAUCCCAUCAACUCCCGGGCCUUUUCCCAUCUUCUCACUUUCCUUAGUCAUCGGUACCCUAAGAUUCGCAAAGCUUCAGCUGAACAAGUUUACCUUGUCCUGCUCCAAAAUGGAAGUCUAGUGUCCGAGGAAAAAACAGAGAAGGCACUUGAAAUUAUUUCUGAAACUUGCUGGGAUGGUGACAUGGAAACAGCAAAGCUUAUGAAGUUGGAAUUGUAUGCUAUUGCUGGUCUGGAUGUUGGACCGAUAAAAACUACUGAAAAAGUUCCAAACAAGGAUGUUAAGAAAUCUGCAGCUCCAGAUGAGAACGAAUCCUACUCUUCAUUGGUCGAGUCAACUGGGUUUUGAGUUUUGACUGCUUCAACUGUAUACGAGCCUCCUAUAGUACAUUUUUCAAUUUUUAUUUCCUUUUAUCAAUUAGCUUCUUCAGGUGAAGUGCAGAGAGAGAUGUAUCGUGUAUUGCAAUUAGGUGAUGACAGGCAUUUAGGGUUUUGUUGAAAAUUAUGUAUAUGCUUGCUCUGCUGAUGACCUCCACGUCGACUGAGGAUUUGAUAUAAGGCUCGAAACUGUUCAAUCCGUUGA